AUGGCGGCUGCACAGACCCGCCUCGACCGCUUGGUCACCCUCCUCGACUCGGGCUCCACUCCUGCCAUUCGAGGCACGGCAGCGAGGCAGCUGGGCCAAAUUGCCGCUCUUCGUGUUCGUGGUGUAGCUUCGUCGGAGCAGCAGCAGCAGCAGCAACAGUCGGCGGCGCACGUGGAGGGCAGCACGAGCUACAAGAGGGAGGAAGAGUACGAUGAGACGAAGGCCGUAAAACAAGAGUCGCCUUCGGGUGCCUCGACACCAGCUUCAACUGCACCGCAAGGGGGCACGGGAGCAGCAACAGCAACCGGGGUGUCCUCAGGUGGUGCAGCGGGGGAAGCCUCUUCCCACUAUGCGGGGAUCGAAGGCGACUGGAACCAGGCCGUGUUCCUCCUUGCUCGAGUCCUCCCUCAUCUUCGAUCAAAGACAUGGGAUACCAGGGUUGCGGCCGGCCAAGCCAUUGAAGCCAUCUGCUCGGCAGCAGGCACGUGGGAUCCCGAUCAAGUGCCGGGAGAGGCGAAAGUAAAGAUCAAGGAGGACCCCGAGCAAUUGGAGAAGGAGGGGGAGGAACAAGAAGACGAGUCAAAAGCUAAGGCGAAACCGGCCGAGCUUCUGGGCUUCUCCACCUUUUCUCUCGCGCAGGUUCUCACCACUGGCAAGAAGCUUCUCUCUUCCGCAGGUUCCGAGUACGAUCUCCCUGCCUUUUCGUCCGUAGAGGACCGACUUGCGCAUGCAAAGAGAGACAUGCAGCGACUAGGCUUGGGCAGUCUGGCGGGCGAAGAAGUGGACCUGGGCAUGGACGUCGAGCAAGAGCUUCUCGGCGCGCCGACUCCAGAGGCAGAUUCUUCCUCGUCGAAGCAGUCCCCUCCUCUUGGCUCGCGUCCAAAGACGCCAGGCGGUGGCUUACCACCUCCCCGUUUCGCCCCACAGGCCGCCAAAUCCUCCCUUCCUGCCCCGCGCUUCGCUCCUGGAGGCGCCGACACAAAAGAGUCGAGCGGGAGUCCAACACGGAAGCCUCUGCAAGCUGCUGUGGCCAUGCCACCUCCAUCACUUCCUGACGCGAAGGCUCUUCACCUCAGCCCGCCCUCAUCGUUGUCGUCAUCGAUGACGGCGACAGCGGCGACAAAUGCGACGACGGAUGCGAUGUCAGACGUGACGACACCUGUUGAAGAAGUAGAUCUCAGUAAGCUGAGUGCGAGGGAACGCAACCAGCUCAAACGCAAGCGCAAGCUCGAGGAAAAAGGUGUGAUGAGCGGCAGCAGUGGGAGCGAACCCACCAAAGCCCGCAUCGUCGAAGCGACGCCGGCUUCGACGCCUUCGACUGAAUCGGUUCCAAACAUCAAGAUCAAGACGUCGUCAUUGACGGGCAACGGCGCGACAGCUCCGAAUCACUCACUUAAAACGCCAGCGACACCACUGCCCUCUACGCCGUCCGGGGCGACGGGGGGAGACUACCUCACUGCUAAGCCAGCAGGCACGGUGAACAGCACGGAUACGCAGUCGCCUUUCACGCCACGUGGCAGCGUCGAUAGCACCGCGCUCGCCAACGCUGCGGCGGCCAAUGCAACGUCGUUGAUUGCGCCUGCUGGCCAGUGGCCCUUUGUGCUUGUUGGUACCUUGCUUCUCGCCGAUCUCUUUUCGCCAAAGUGGGAGAUCAGACAUGGGGCAGCUUUGGGCCUUCGCGAGCUGUUCAAGACACAAGGAGCAGGCGGCGGCAAGGUGCUCGGCGUCGGAGCGGGGGCCAAUGCAGAUUCGCACACGGCCUGGUGUGAGGAUGCCGCCAUCCGCCUCUUGUGCGUCCUCUCCCUAGACCGGCUCGGCGAUUUUGUCUUUGAUCAUGUCGUCGCGCCAGUGCGCGAGACGGCCGGCCAGACUCUGGCUAGUCUCCUCAAGUGGAUGCCAGCCGAAGCCGUGUCCAAGGUGCACGAGGUCCUCAUAGCCAUGGUACGUCAGGACUUCACCAUCGAUGAAGCGCAGCAAAGCUCCAAGAGUACGCACUCGCGCAUCAAGCAGCUCGAGGCAAAAAGAGGUUGCAAGGGCUACGCAUGGGAGGUUCGCCACGCGGGCUUGUUGGGCCUCAAAUACGAAGUGUCCGUUCGACGCGAUCUGUUGCUGAGUGACGGUGCUCAUCCGAUCAAAGAGGAGGAGGAGGAGGAGGAGGAUAGCAAGAUGCGAGACGGCGAUGGCCCACGGGCCAGCGACAAGCUGCGAGAGAUCAUCAAUACUGCCAUUCUAUGCCUGCGCGAUGACGACGAUGACGUGCGCGGCGUUGCUGCUGCCACGCUGUUGCCAAUCGCCGAUCUCUUGCUCGAACAUGUCCCUGAAGCCAUCGGCGAGCUCCUCGAUCAGCUCUGGGAUUGCCUAGGUGAUCUCAAGGACGACCUCUCGAGCAGUACCGGCGGCGUCAUGGACCUGCUCGCUCGGCUCGUCGAAAACUCACGGGCAAUUGCACAUCUCAAUCUCGAGGACAACAUCGAGCAGAGCCGGAGUGUAUCGAAUCUGGUCCCAAGACUCUUUCCGUUCUUCCGACACACUAUCACCUCUGUCCGGCUUUCUGUCCUCAAUGCGCUUUCCGUCUUUUUGUCAGUGCCUUCGCUUUCGCGGGACUGGAUCGAUGCCAGGGUUCUCCGCCUGCUAUUUCAAAACCUCAUCGUCGAAGAGAGGCUCCCGAUUCGAGAAGCAAGCAAAAAGGCCUGGACAAAGGCGUUGACCAUUGUCGUGGAAGCUGGUGGACCAGCCCGGCUCGUCGACUUGGUCAAGCCUCAUUUGAGCUCUUUCUUUACCAUUCUCAUGACUCCCCUUGGGUCUCCCCUUGACUUUUCUUUGUUCUACAAGGCAUCGACGAGCGCAGGCGUGGGGGGCGGAGAUGCGCACAACGUCGACAAGGGCAUCUUGGCUCAGGACCUUUCCCUCGUCGGCGUCGACACUGUCAUUCGUGGUCGUCUGGGCGCUGCAGAAGCUUUGGGAAGCAUCAUGGCCCAUUGGCCUCGCGAACUGGAUGAUGAAGCAUUUCACGACAGUCUGGUGCGCUACAUUUCGUCAUCCUCGGCGCUGCAAAAGUGCCUGGCCUCGGCCGUGGUGCAGGAGUGGUCCGAGUCGGCCACCAAGAUCGAGGUCAACAUCCUUGAGGCUAGCCCCAUCUCACGAUCCGUCGGGGCCAGACUCAUCUCGAUUCUCGAAUCGCCACCACCCGACACUUAUGCAGAGAUGGCUGUGAUGCUGCAGCGGAUCCAGACUGGCUGCCAGGGCCUCUAUACGGCCUUCCAACGCGACGCCAAGGUUGCCAAGACAAAGAUCCCAACACUGCCCUCGAAAGUCGAUCCUCUCGGCCGGAGUGCAGAUGGAUUCACAGUCGAGACAGCCAAAGACGUCGUGGGAAAGGGUUUUGACGCUCUGCUGGGCCUAGUCUCCGCCAAGACGCGAAAGACAGCUCAGGCGGCCCUCGACGAGCGACGGAUGAAGCUGAUUGCCGAUCUCGGCUUCUACCAAGCAACAAAGAGCAAGCAAGACACCCAGGUCGCGGCUUGUGCUGCAGCGGCCGUCAUCGGCCUCAAGCUGAUGCCUUCGAAGCUGAACCCCGUCAUUCGGAGCAUCAUGACCAGCGUCAAGUUCGAGGACAACUACGAUCUCCAGCAGCGAUCUGCGCGUGCCGUAGCCAGCUUCAUUGGCUUCUGCUCGUCGCCGGCUGCUACUGCAAAUCCAAGCGAUAAGAUCAUCAAGAACUUGUGUGCUUUUGUGUGCCAAGACACAACGCAGACGCCCAUCUAUGCCAACGCAAAGGACCAGCUCGAGGGUAUUCUCUCUAUAAACGAAGUGCCUCCAGUUGCGCCAAAGUGGAAAGGACGAGGAGGCGGCCCUGUCUCUCAAGCGGACGCAAAUGAGCCAGAAGAAGUUCGCGAAGGCAAGCUGAUCCGGCGCGGGGCAGAAAUGACUUUAAGGGAGGUCUCGCGCCUCUUCAGAGAUCGCCUCUUCCACGUCGUCCCCACGCUGUGGGACUGCAUGAGCGCGCCCCUGCUGGAUGCCUUUGGCAAGAGCAGCGACGUCAAGGAAGCACAAGGGCUGGAUGUGAAGGACGACGGACAGGGCCAAACGGUCAUCGAUUGCUGCACGCUGCUGCAGGCCAAUCUCGCCAACUUGGACGCGAGCCUGCAUCAGGAAGCGCUCGUCUUGCUCCCCGCUCUGACGUCGGCGAUCAAGUGCAAGCGUGCAGUCGUCCGCACGGCUGCAUCCAAGGCCAUCAGCACCAUGGCAGAAUGCAUCACAGAAGCAACGAUGAUGCACAUCGUCAACGAUGUCGUGGCGCUCCUUGGCGAUGCAUCCAAUGUAUGCAAUCGUCAGGGAGCCAUCGAGGCCAUUUCGCACGUUGUUCAGCUCCUUGAUCUCAAGCUCUUGCCUUAUGUCAUCGUCCUCAUUGUUCCCGUUCUCGGCAGGAUGAGCGACUCAGACGAUGCCGUCCGACUGGUGGCAACAAACACAUUUGCGUCGCUCGUCAAGAUGGUGCCUCUGGAGACGGGUCUGCCGGAUCCUCCAGGCUUCUCGCAGGAGCUUCUCGCUCGUCGCGAGGAGGAGCGCAAGUUCCUCUCGCAGCUCCUGGACGGAACAAAGGUGGAGCCCUACACGAUUCCUGUCAAGGUCAAUGCCGAACUGCGAAAGUACCAGCAGGAUGGCGUCAACUGGAUGGCCUUCCUCGCCAAGUUUCAGCUGCACGGUGUCCUGUGCGACGAUAUGGGCCUGGGCAAGACGCUUCAAUCGAUCUGCAUCCUGGCCGGCAAGCACUACGAGCGAGCGCAACGGUACGAGGCGACAAAGGCGCUUGACACCACGCCUCUGCCAUCGCUCAUCGUCUGCCCACCCACGCUGACGGGCCACUGGUGUCACGAGAUCCGACAGUAUUCCACAAAUCUUCGACCACUCCUCUACGCUGGACUGCCGCAGGAGCGCGCUCGGCUGCAAGGGCAGAUCCCCGAGCACGAUUGUGUCGUAAUGUCGUACGACACCGUGCGAAAUGACAUUGCAGUGCUGUCGCAGAUCAACUGGCUCUACUGCGUCCUCGAUGAGGGCCACAUCAUCAAGAGUGCAAAGACAAAGACAACAAAAGCCAUCAAGAUGAUCAAGUCCCAGCACCGCCUCAUCCUCUCGGGCACGCCUAUUCAGAACAAUGUCUUGGAGCUUUGGAGCCUCUUCGAUUUCUUGAUGCCAGGCUUCUUGGGAACGGAGCGCGCUUUCCAUGAGCGCUUCGGAAAGCCCAUCCUCGCGUCAAGGGACGGCAAGGUGACAGCCAAGGAGCAUGAGAGGGCGUCACUGGCCCUCGAUGCCCUUCACAAGCAGGUCUUACCCUUCUUGCUUCGAAGGAUGAAGGAGGACGUCCUUAAUGAUCUGCCGCCGAAGAUCAUUCAGGACAUCGAAUGUGAUCUGGGCGAUGUUCAACGACAACUCUACGAUGAGUUCAGUCGUACCCAGGACCGCAAUGCCAUCGAGGGCGCCUUUGAGGGCGACACCGCCGCGGCAGGAGACCCGUCCAAGAAGCAUCACGUGUUCCAGACGCUGCAGUACCUUCGUAAGCUGGUCAAUCACCCGCUGCUGGUGUUUGACAAGGCAAACAAGAAGCACGUCGACGUCGAGCGGCAGCUGAUCAAGUCGGGUUCUUCGUUGCGGGAUGUUGCCAAUGCGCCCAAGCUCCUCGCCUUGCGGCAGCUUCUCAACGAUUGUGGCAUCGGCGAGUCUAGUAUUGGAGGCACAGGGGGAGCAGUAAGCACCGCUGCCAGCGAUGGAGCCGGACCGAUCUCGCAGCAUCGCGUCUUGAUUUUCUGUCAGCUCAAGCAGAUGCUCGACAUCAUCGAAUCGGAUCUUUUCAAGACGUUGAUGCCAUCGGUGUCAUAUAUGCGUCUGGACGGUGGCGUUAGUGCUGACAAGCGCCACGGCAUCGUCCAGCGCUUCAACUCGGACCCAAGCAUCGACGUGCUGCUCCUCACCACGCAGGUGGGCGGCCUAGGUUUGACGCUGACAGGCGCAGACACGGUCAUCUUCGUCGAGCACGAUUGGAACCCGAUGAAGGACAUGCAGGCGAUGGAUCGGGCCCAUCGGCUCGGGCAGAAGAAGGUUGUCAACGUAUACAGACUCAUUACGCGCAAUACCCUCGAGGCGAGGAUCAUGGGGUUGCAGCGCUUUAAGCUCAACGUGGCCAACUCCGUCGUGACGCAGCAAAAUGCUGGACUGGAGAGCAUGGACACGGAUCAGAUCCUCGAUCUCUUCGACCCAACGUCGGACACGGCUCAGAAAGGUGGAGAGGAAACCGAUCAAAAGAAGAAGAAGGGAGGCAUCAGCCAGAAGGCCCUGCUGGCCAGCAUAGAGGCCAUGCCGGACACGGGCGACGAUUACGCCGACAUGGCAACCUGGCAGGCCUGA